CAAAUCUUGGUCUUCCACCUAAGACCCUCUCACCGAACGCCUCCUUUUACAUUUUUUCCCGGAAAAUCAGUGUCUCGUUUCUAACGCGGCAUUCCACGUUUCUUUAAACCUCUUUCUGUAUCCAGAGCUCGUUAGCCACCAAACGGACAUCUUUUCCAACAAAUUUUAUUAAAAUCAAAGACCAUACCGAAACUGAGUUUCGCUCCCUCAAAAAAAAAAAAAAAACCCCUGGGACCGUUUGAUUACAGAGAGAGAGAGAGAGAGAGAGAGAGGGAGAUGUUUGAGCUGUGCUGGAGGCCAUUGCAGUGGUGCUUUGGAGGGGGAAGGGGUGUGGAUGAGCUUCUGUGGCAGAUGGACCUGAAGCCCCACGCAUCAGGGGACUACUCGAUCGCCGUGGUGCAAGCCAACUCGUUUCUGGAAGACCAGGGACAGGUCUUCACCUCUCCUUCCGCCACCUAUGUCGGUGUCUACGAUGGCCAUGGUGGCCCCGAAGCUUCUCGCUUCAUCACUCACCACCUCUUUCCUCUUCUUCAUAAGUUUGCAACAGAACAGGGUGGAUUAUCCGAGGAUGUCAUCAGGAAGGCAUUUGAUGCCACAGAACAGGAAUUCUUUCACUUGGUGAAGCAAUCAUGGCCAGCUCAGCCGCAGAUUGCUUCAGUGGGUUCAUGUUGUCUUUUCGGGGCAAUAUCGAAUGACGUUUUGUAUGUGGCUAAUCUUGGGGACUCGAGGGCGGUUCUGGGCCGCAGAUACUCAGGACAGGCAAAUAGUCCUGUGGUGGCACAGCGGUUAUCUACUGAUCAUAAUGUAGGAGUUGAGGAGGUGAGGAAAGAAGUCAGGGCGCUUCAUCCUGAUGAUUCACAUAUAGUGGUGUACACCCAUGGAGUUUGGCGAAUCAAGGGAAUUAUUCAGGUCUCAAGAUCAAUUGGAGAUGUCUACCUGAAGAAACCUGAGUUUAACAGGCAUCCUCUUUUCCUGCAGUACAGAUCACCCAUUCCUGUAAAGGGACCUGUAAUGACAGCGGAACCCUCAAUAGUGGUUCGGAAGUUAAACCCACAAGACAUGUUUUUGAUAUUUGCAUCAGACGGUCUCUGGGAGCAUUUAAGUGAUGAAGCAGCUGUUGAAAUUGUCUUUAAAAAUCCAAGAGUUGGAAUAGCAAAGCGAUUGGUGAGAGCUGCCAUUCAGGAGGCUGCCAGGAAAAGAGAAAUGAGAUAUGAAGACAUAAAGAGAAUUGAAAAGGGGGUAAGGCGCCAUUUUCACGACGAUAUUACUGUCAUUGUCAUAUAUCUGGAUCAUUCACGAGGUUCUCAAACCGGUAGACCCAUGGAUGGAUGCCUCUUUGACAGCACAAGUGCCCCUGUAGAUAUCUUCUCCCUGAGUACAGAGAUUGCAAAAGCUUAAGUUGAAUUAGUAUAAAAUCGGAGUUCGAACUUAAUAUCCUAAGUUUGAUGUCAUGUAAAAUUGCCACUUUUCUCAUAAGUUUAAGCAAAUAGAAAUAGGUAGAUAUAAUUAAUUAAAGAUACCGAUUGCCCAUGAUGAUUAUCGAA